AUGUCUUUCAACACCGGCGGAUUCCGUACAAUUGCCUACCAAGAUCAGUGGAAAGUGAACAUAAAGAGCCUGUAUUCCAAGCAACGGAAGAACCUUCUUACUCUCAAUGACCCGAGGCUGCAGCUGCAGAAGAACACCAAGAGGACUCCCACCGUGGAACCGGAGACCCGGGAGGAAGAAAGCACGGGCUCCUUAGCAGCGACGCAGGAAAACCACGGCCUCCGACCUUUUGUUGAAAUCAAACUGAAAGAGUGCUUUCCUUAUAGGAGGCCCCGAGUGAAUCCUAUUGAUCGAAGCCCACCACCUUGGGGUCAACUAAAAGUCUUCAUCGUCAUUCACCUCACAUCUAAUCGAGCGUCAAAGUCUUCUGCCGAAGUGUUUCACCCAUCUAAACGGUCAAAUGCGGAAACCUCGUCGCCUUCAACCGGGAUUCCUAGAACCACCGAGGAGAAACCAGCAGGUUGCGGGGAUGGCCUCUCGUGGGAGGGACCAGCUAGAGGCCCCCGGGCCAAGGGGGAGAGUGGCCCUGGCCCUCCCAUGUCCGGGAAGAAGGAGGCCAAGAUGCGGGCCGAGAGAGAGAGAGAGAGCAUCCUCGGCCGGCGACGGGGUCGCUUGAUCGUGUCUGAGUUGCCGGCCCGGCUGCCGUCCCUGUGGCCCCGAGUUGCAGGGGGGCCGCAGAGCCCCCACCAAAAUGAAGGCAACGUUAGAUGCAGCAGUGACUCCACAGCUGUGGAUCACAGUUCUCCGUCCCGCCCGGUCGACCGGCUUCCUCUCGAAUCCACUGGCGGCCUUCCUGGAACAGACCGGAUUUGCCGAUCCAACACCCCCCCAGCCUAGACCGCCCGGGCCACAGCUGCGGAAUGGCCGCCGUGGCCUGUGGCCGUCUCUGAAGGGCAUCGGGUGCCCCCUGAGAUAGGCCUUGGGAAACUCUGGUCUCAAACACCGAGGGAAGAAUGAAUGAAAACGUCUCAAACCCA